AUGCAACUUCUCCUCUUUCUCUCUCUAUGUCUUCUAACUUACCAACAAACUAACAACAACGCCGGAAUUUUCUUUCGUUUGAAUCAACGAGCAAUUGAUUACAUCACAGAUCUUUCAUCGGAUGCUUUACCCCAAUUACUGAAUAACCUCAGUCCACCAGAUGUUGAGCUGAGUGCUGCUAAGAUUUAUAAUACUCUUAUCCAUGAGGUCACAAGACCUAACAUUUCGUCCAAGUUUAUUGAGGGAAAAGGAAUACGAGCAAACAUUCUUCUACCAUAUAUACGAGUGUCAUCCCAUGCAAGAAUAUCUUUUCUAUUUUUCGAAUACGAUGGAGCUUUCCUAGUUGAUAUUCACAAUUUAACAAUUGGAAUCGAAAUUCAUUAUAAAAGAAACGAGACAAUUGAUAGGAACGUCAUUGAGGCUCCAUAUUGUGAAGUGAAACACUCAGAUGUACAGUUAAUUAUUGAUCAAGAUUCUCAAUUGAAUUCUUUACGUGUUGAAAUCAGAGAUGCUAUUGUGAAUGCAUUGAAGGAUACUGUGUGUGAGACUUCCAUAAAUGCUCUCCGAUAUAUCGAUGAACAAGAGAUUCAAGAUUCGCCAACAAACAUAACUAUGAGCUCCGAAGUUGUUGAAGAGGACGAUGAUUCCUUGAGUAUUGUUGAACUAGGCGCCAGUUUAUGCCACACAGAAUCAAUGACAAAAGAAGAAAAAGAAGAAGAAAAAGAAGAAGAAAGAGAUAUUGUUGAAACAACAGCGUUUUCCAACAAGUCAGCUGAAAAAUGGAGUGCCGAUUUAAGGCUUGUUUAUCCACCUCGGUUUACUAAAGAUGAUCUAAUAUUCGGAUUUGAUGGUGGAUCGUUAUUAAAUGGGAAGGAAGCUAAAGAUGUUUCAAAACCGAAUACCUUAGAUGUUAAAGUUCUGAAUGAAAAGAUGGUUGGAAUUUUGGUUUCUGAGUAUAUUCCGAACACUAUCCUCUCUCAUCUGUAUGACAAUCGCUUUGGCAGCGUUCAUAAAAGAUUCGUUGCUGCUGAUUUACCGAAAGCAUUGAGAAAGUUGGGCACAGUUUUCUGUGCGAAAUGUUAUUUGGAUAUUAAUAUAACUCUUACAAGUAAACCUAAAGUUGAAAUCAAUGAGAAGCUGGGAGCUCGUAUUCUGAUCUCAGGAAACGUAACAUUUAACUUCCAAGGGAGGAAAGAAAACACAAACCUUCUUCAUUCGAAUGUUUCUCUUCACGUUACGGUAAAGCCAACAAUACGUCAUUCGCGGAUAUAUGGUGAUGUCUCGCUUACUUCUGUCGAUGUCAAUGUAUUUGAGAUGGCUCUAGGCGGAGUGCUUGCAACCCCUCUGGAAAAAGUCACAUCGUUCAUUAUUCCUCGGAUCCUGUGGCCUGAGUUCAAGAAGAGGAUUCGUUUCGCUUUGAACAAACGAGGAAUUCAAUUGCCAGUUUUUUGCGGAGUUGAGUUGGAACAUCUCUCGUUAUCUUAUGUAAACCAUGCUGUCUUCCUCAACACAGAUUUUCGUUUCAAUUUGCCUCUUUUCAUUGAAAGAUUCAAAAUCUAUUUGUCAUACAAAUCCCAAUUCAAUUCAAAUCUACCCCGAUACCUUCAUUAG